GCGAGAGAGAGACCGCGCGCGCAGACGGCAGCGCGGCAGCGCGCGGAUAACGUGAUUAGGUCCGCUGCCGAGCCACAGGGACGGUAAUUGCGUGGACAGAGAGCAGAACCACGGUUCAACCGCCACAUGGACCCAGUCCGCUGGAAGAAGUUCCCCCUGGACUCUUUGAAAGCUUGUCUGCAAACAGGCUGGUCCAGAUGAAUAGACUGAGCUUAUCUCCAAGGAACCACAAUGAAGGGGACAAAUCCAGGAAAACCACAGAGGAGUGACUCACCUCCUUCUGUUUUCAUUCCUGCCAUCAGCCACUAGCUCCGCUUGUUGACCUCAGGUGAACUCAGACAGGAAGUCAGCCCAUCUGCUUCGAUGGGGUUCGACAACGACACCAAUCAGACGGUUCCGGGAAGGCCCCCCUACAGCGUCCUGGUCUCGCUGUCCCUCACCGUGCUGGUGGGGAUUCUGAUCAUGCUGACAGUGUUUGGGAACAUCCUGGUGGUCAUCGCCGUGUUUACAAGCCGCGCCCUCAGGGCACCGCAGAACUUAUUCUUGGUGUCUUUGGCGUCAGCCGACAUUUUGGUGGCGACGCUGGUGAUGCCGUUCUCCUUAGCCAAUGAGCUGAUGGGAUACUGGUACUUCGGUAAGGUGUGGUGUGAGAUAUACUUAGCCCUCGAUGUUCUCUUCUGCACCGCCUCCAUUGCCCACCUUUGUGCCAUCAGCUUAGAUCGCUACUGGUCCAUCACACAGGCCAUUGAGUACAACCUGAAGCGGACACCACGUCGCAUUAAGUGCAUCAUCUUCAUUGUGUGGGUUAUCGCAGCCGUCAUCUCCUUCCCGCCGCUCAUCACCAUGAAGAAAGAACACAAUGACAUGUGCAUGAUCAAUGAUGACAAGUGGUACGUCAUCUCCUCCUGCAUCGGCUCCUUCUUCCUGCCUUGCGUCAUCAUGGUCCUCGUAUAUGUGCGGAUCUAUCAGAUCGCCAAGAAGCGGACGAGGGCACCCCCGGGGGACAGGAAGAUGAUAGAGACACGGGCGAUGGCCACCGCUGCCGCUGGCAACCAGAAGGCCAAUGGUGUGGGUGAUGACCACCUGUGUCAGGAGAAGCUGAACGGGGAGCGAGACAUCGAGCUGAAGGGAGGAGCAGGAGGACAUGCUGAGAAAGACCAAGCCAACGGGGUUGAAAUGGAGGACUCAUCAUCCUCCGACCACAAAGUCAACAAUCCCUGCUCCAUCAAAAAGAAAUCAAGCAAGAGGAAAAUCAAGAUGAGUCAGAUCAAACCCGGCGACCCGAGCGGCAAAGGUGGCCGCUGGAGUGGUCGGCAGAACCGCGAGAAACGCUUCACCUUUGUCCUGGCUGUGGUGAUCGGUGUGUUUGUCAUCUGUUGGUUUCCUUUUUUCUUCACGUACAUGUUAAUGACUCUGUGCCACUCCUGCUCUGUCCCCAUGACGCUGUUCAAGUUUUUCUUCUGGUUUGGUUACUGUAACAGCGCGCUGAACCCCAUCAUCUACACCAUCUUCAACAACGACUUCAGGAGGUCCUUCAAGAAGAUACUGUGCAGGCGAGACACCAGAAGAUAUGUAUGAUAUGCUCCUUUUGUUAAAAACAAACAGUCAGUCUAUAUUGUAGAUAAAUUGUAAAUGGAUGAGUGGCUUGUGGACGCUCUCGGCGUAACCACUCGGAAAACGAGCUUUACGUGCACCGUUCUUCUCACCGAACAUCUGUGCAGUGCAGAGAAAAUACAGCACGCACUUCAACGCAUCACACAGUGAACCAUGUUUUUAUUGUAAAUGUUCUUUUUGUUUUUAUAAAUGAAACCCGUGACAAACAUCAUGUUAUUUUACCUGAAUAUGUGUCUGUUUUCAUUGUUGUGGACGUGGAGAUACUGUGAGAGAUCGAUGAUGAUGAUGAUAAAGGUGGGAAAGAUGUUAGCUCUGCAGUGAAUAAAAACUCUCAUGGCUCCAAUGCAAGUAAACGCACCACCUUGAA